CUUGAUCUUCUACUGGCACCGCUUUCUUCCGUGAAUGAAAGGAGCAGAGUAAGAUUGUGCGUCACGUCCAUAUUGUCACUCACGUGCAAUUUCGGAACAAGUAAGCAAACGUUAACGUCUCUUCAAAAGAAAACAACCAUGAUGGAUACGGAAUGCACGCCAUCAUCUUUUGUUAUCCCUGAGCAGGACCACAAUGUUGGUGAAAUCAUCGCCAACAUGUUGAGGCAAGAAAGAACAACGUACAAGAGGGAGGAUUAUCUUACGUUGCUGCUUCCCUCAAAGCUUAACGAUGAUGAAACAAUCGAUGCGUCCUGGCGGCAACGCAUCGUGGAGUGGAUGUAUGGUGUAGUUGACCACUGCAAUUUAAGGCGCGAGUCGGUUUCGGUUGCUACGUAUUUUUUAGAUCUAGCAUCUUGUCACGACUUGGUGCGAUCUCGCAAAGACUUUCAGCUCGUAGCGAUGACAAGUCUCAUGCUUUCGAUAAAGUUGAACGAUUCGACUAUGGUGAAGCUAGAUAGUAUGGUCAGGCUUGGUCGUGGAUUAUUCAACGAAGCCGAUGUCAUCGGAAUGGAAUCCAAAAUGCUGAAAGCUUUCACAUGGCAUGUGCAUCCCCCAACUCCUGUUUGCUUCAUGCGUCAGCUUCUUCGAUUACUUCCACCUGAAUCGACACCGGUAGCCAGGUACAUAAUUGUGGAAGUAACACGGUUUGUUUCGGAGGUCUCUGCGUGCCUGUACAAAUUUGUAAAAUACCCAGCAUCUUCGAUGGCAUUUGCAGCAAUCAUCAUCUCAAUGGAACGCAUAGAUGAAGCAACUUUGCCACUGUGGCAAAGGCAUCAAUUUCUGUACAACGUUGCCUCCACAACAGGUCUUGAGAGCACGUCUUGGGACGUGCUACACGCCGCCGAAGAUCUACGGAUUUCAUUGGACAACAAUGUGAAUUUACAAGACUUGAUGCAGACAAUCGAUGCUCAAUGUAUACGAGCGAAUCAGACAAUCGCUGCGAAGGAAUCGAAAGACCACGCAAUGGAAAUUUCGGGUCCCAAUUCUCCAAGAGAAGUUUCAGCAGGGGUAUUCUGAGGCUUUCGUGUCCCUGCAGCAUUCUUGUGCUAUAGCUCUCAUCCACAAUGUAUUAUUACUCACCGAUAGACCAAACAAAAAUAGAAAGAAGCGACGACACUUCGACAAUGCACAGCAACUUCUGCGGCUCAUUUGCUACAAUUGCUAAAAUAGACAACAAAUUGAAAAUAAACUCACUCUCAAUCU